GUGAGUUGGGACCUGGGGUUCUGAGAGGAUUUGGAUUUCUGUCAACAAUGGAGUAUCAAACAAGCCAACAAAAAGCAACCAUCAUUACUCCUUCGGUGCCCCACCACCCCGCGUGUUCUUCCUCAUUCAUUCCUAUUCCUCUCUCCCUCCAAGAACGGAGUUUCACCGGAAUUCACCUUCCUUCUGAUCGAUUUCAGUCCCCGAUAUAUCCUAACCCUUUCACGCAUCUCCCGACGACUUCCCGAAGACUAGUCAACUCUCUUCACCACUUCAAUCGAGCUUAUUGUAAACAUCUCAAACGCCGGAAUAUGCUUAAACCAUGGGUUGAUCCUAAUGAGAUGUUAAAUGGAUCAGGAUUCCAAAAGUUUUUGUUCUUGAGUUCCUCGAGGAAGUCUAGAAUAGGUCGGAGGAAGCUACUCUUUAUUGGAGCCAUUAUCACAAUAGUAACUUUUGCUUUUCUUCAAAUAAAAACGCUUCCUUAUCAACUUACAACAAUGAAUUCAUCUCUUCCAGACACAAAUCACUUUGAAAUCACCCCUUUAAUCAGAGAUAACCAAUCUGAAGCUAUUAAGUCGUCAAAUGCAGUUGUGCAAGAGAAAGUCAAAGUUACCCCAAAAAAGAUCCAAAUAGAUGUCAUUAAGCCAAAUAUUUCAACAACACCAAUUUUCUCCUCUGAUCCUGAAAGAAGACAGAAGCGUUAUCUGAGAGAUAUAAAGACAUUAUCACCAUAUGAAGCACUCAUAUAUGCCAAAAAGGAGAUUGACACUGUCUCAUAUGAUAUCAAUCACCAUGAUCCAAAUCUAUACGCCCCUUUAUUCAGAAAUGUAUCUGUUUUCAAAAGGAGCUAUGAGUUGAUGGAGGUUAUCCUUAAAGUAUAUGUAUAUCAAGAAGGAAAAAAACCUAUUUUCCAUAAUCCUUAUCUCAGAGGAAUUUAUUCUUCAGAAGGAUGGUUUAUGAAAUUCAUGGAGUCAAGCAAACAAUUUGUUACGCGGGACCCACAAAAGGCCCACCUAUUCUACCUACCAUAUAGUGCACGUCAGCUUCAACAUGCUAUCUAUGUUCCCAACUCACAUAAUAUCAAACCACUAUCACUCUUUCUACGCGAUUAUAUCAACAAACUUUCUUCAAAGUAUCCGUUUUGGAAUCGAACCCAUGGUUCGGACCACUUCCUAGUCGCUUGCCAUGAUUGGGGUCCAUACACGUUAAAAGAGCAUGAGGAACUAACAAAAAACACGAUAAAAGUUUUAUGUAAUGCCGACACAUCGGAAGGCGUAUUUGUCGCCGGAAAAGACGUUUCCUUACCGGAAACCACCAUCGGAAACCCGAGAAGACCGCUAAGAAACAUGGGCGGUAAAAGCAUCUCCCGCCGCCCAAUCCUGGCUUUCUUUGCCGGAGGGCUACACGGUAGGGUCCGCCCGAUCCUCCUAAAACAUUGGGCUAAUAAAGAUGAUAAAAUGAUAAUAUCUGGGCCUAUGUCCUAUAAACAAUCCCAAACGAUGUCGUAUUCCCUUCACAUGAAAUCUAGCAAAUAUUGUAUUUGUCCAAUGGGAUUUGAGGUUAAUAGUCCGAGGAUUGUGGAGGCUAUUUAUAAUGAGUGUGUUCCUGUGAUUAUUGCUGACAAUUUUGUUCCUCCGUUGAAUGAGGUGUUGAAUUGGAGGGCUUUUUCUGUGAUUGUGGGUGAGAGUGAUAUUCCUAAAUUGAAGGAGAUUUUGUUAGGGAUUUCUUUCAAGAGGUAUCGGAUUAUGCAACAUAAUGUGAAAAUGUUGCAAAGACAUUUUUAUUGGAAUCGGACGCCUGUGAAAUAUGAUAUGUUUCAUAUGAUACUACAUUCGAUAUGGCUUAGUAGGCUAAAUCAAAUUCAAGUAUAAGAGUCAUGACACGUGUAUGAAUGUG